ACAGUAGCUACGGGAAGAAAAAAAAAAACAACACAAAAGCAUGUGGCUGAGUUAAACACCGACAUUAUCAUCUUGGUGUCUCUGUACGGAACAUAGCACAGCAUACGGCAUUCAACCAUCUAACAUAAGAACCUCAGAAGGACAUCAAUUCCCACCCAUAUUUUUAUGCUCAAAGUUAUGGGGUGUGUUGAUCAGAUUCCGAAAAAUUCAACUGUACGGUGGCGUUUGAUCAUUCAGCAGCAAGUAUUGGUUUUUCUGCACACCCAACCUCCAACACGGUUGGCCAUUUAAUGCCCGCCUCUGUAUUUUUUUUGAGGGGGUUAGUAUUUCUUUGUACCAUUUACUGCCGUUGGAUCCACUUCUAUGGAUCUUCCCGUGCUGGUUGGAUCUCCUUUAAAUCGUCUUAGAAAUCUUAUCAGUCGCUAACCAACCUCUCAAAAGAUCAAUUUUUUUCCUACUUGGUUUAAAGAUGCUCUUCAAUUAGCAAUUUAACGUUUUGGGAGAUUUCUGCAGGGAGUUAACCAAUGGCAACUGGAGAAAUCAAGUCCCCUGAAGGAGGGACAAUGACACCAGUUAGUUUAGAUGGAAAUCCAGACUCAGAGGAGAGAAAGAAACUUGGGCUUUACUUCAUCGAAUCCGAUGACAGGCGGACGGCUUUUGGACGGGGUUAUACUGGAGGAACCACACCGGUUGACAUCCAUGGAAAACCUAUUGCUGAUCUUUCGAAAACCGGCGGUUGGUUUGCUGCCUUCUUCAUAUUCGGAAAUGAAAUGGCGGAGAGAAUGGCGUAUUUCGGUCUCUCGAUUAACAUGGUGGCCUUCAUGUUUUAUGUUAUGCAUAGACCCUUCAGCAGUUCAUCAAGUGCAGUGAACAAUUUUCUCGGGAUUUCGCAAGCUUCCUCUGUCCUUGGCGGUUUUCUGGCUGAUGCGUAUCUUGGUCGAUAUUGGACAAUAGCAAUCUUCACAACUAUCUAUCUUCUGGGUUUGACAGGAAUAACCUUAUGUGCAACGGUGCACACUUUGGUGCCAAACCAAGAUCAAUGCUCCGAGCUAGCCCUCCUUGUGGGCAAUUGUGAGCCUGCAAAACCGUGGCAGAUGAUUUACCUCUAUGCGGUUCUGUACGUAACUGGAUUCGGAGCUGCUGGCAUAAGGCCAUGCGUUUCUUCUUUCGGGGCUGACCAGUUCGACGAAAGAAGUAGCGAUUACAAGUCUCACCUGGAUAGGUUUUUCAACUUCUUUUAUCUCUCUGUCACCAUCGGGGCGAUCAUCGCCUUCACUGCAGUAGUCUACGUCCAAAUGAAACUUGGUUGGGGAUUCGCGUUCGGGUCACUGGCAUUGGCUAUGGGCAUAUCAAACAUGGUCUUCUUUCUCGGUACCCCUCUAUACCGCCAUAGACUUCCCGGAGGGAGCCCUCUAACGCGUGUUGCUCAAGUUUUGGUUGCUGCCUACAAGAAGAGGAAAGCCAAAUUUUCCAGAAGUGAGUUGAUAGGCUUGUAUGAGGUUCCUGGAAAACAAUCUGCUGUGAAGGGUAGUGGAAAGAUAGCUCACACCGACGACUUUAGAUGUUUGGACAAAGCAGCUCUGCAGUUAAAGGAAGAAAGCGCAGACCCUGGUCCCUGGAGGCUAUGCACUGUGACACAAGUAGAGGAAGUGAAGAUCUUGUUGAAACUUAUUCCAAUCCCGGCGUGCACAAUAAUGCUCAGUGUACUUUUGACAGAAUAUCUCACUCUCUCAGUGCAGCAGGCAUACACUUUAAACACCCAUAUGGGUAAACUGAAACUCCCUGUAACAUGCAUGCCAGUGUUUCCUGGCCUCAGUAUCUUUCUCAUACUGUCCCUCUACUACUCUACAUUUGUCCCACUGUCCAGGCGCAUCACCGGCCAUCCCCACGGUGCUUCUCAACUUCAGAGAGUGGGGAUAGGCCUGGCCGUUUCAAUCCUAUCUGUGGCGUGGGCGGCAAUUUUCGAAAGGUACCGAAGGAAUUAUGCGAUACGGCAGGGAUACGAGGCUAGUUUCUUAAGUGCAAUGCCCAACCUAAGUGCAUACUGGUUGUUGAUCCAGUACUGCCUCAUUGGGAUAGCUGAGGUGUUUUGCGUGGUGGGAUUACUAGAAUUUCUGUACGAAGAAGCUCCAGAUGCAAUGAAGAGUAUUGGAUCUGCUUACGCUGCUCUUGCCGGCGGUUUAGGUUGCUUUGCAGCCAGUAUAUUGAACAGCAUCAUCAAAAACAUCACCGGAAGCUCAGAGAAGCCGUCUUGGCUGUCCCAGAAUAUCAACACAGGAAGAUUUGAUUAUUUCUACUGGCUGCUGACUGUCUUGAGCGUGAUCAAUUUCGGCGUUUUUCUGUACUGCGCACAUCGGUACGAGUACAGGACGGAGCAGGUGGUCCAGAUGGAGAAGGAGGCUCUACCCAACAUAAAGGAACAACCCCUCAGUGGAUAGCAUGAAGUUCUAUUCUCUUAUGAUAUUCCAACCUUUUGAUUUUGCAUUUAGUAGAAGACAGAAAGAGUAACUCAAAUUUACUUGUAAGCAAGCGUUAAGCGAAAAAGAGUUGUAGUUUGUGUUCAGCAAUGUAAAACUUGCCUAGAAAUUAUUUUC